AUAAAACAUUUCAAAAUAAUUCUGUACGAAUUUUAAGACUUUUAAGGCUUAAGUGAAAGUGUUUUAGUAAGGGAAAGGUACCCCAAGUCAAGCAAAAUGGAUUCUGAUUUGUAUGACGAGUUUGGCAAUUAUAUUGGACCUGAUUUGGAUAGCGACGACGAUGAUGACCAGACUAUUUAUGGGCAACCCGAUGUGCAUGAUGACCAAGAUGAAGAUGGCAUGGAUGAGGAAGAAGCAGAGCCACAGGAGGAUGAGGACAAGGAAGUAACAGCUGUAGUGUUACACGAAGAUAAAAGAUAUUAUCCAUCGGCUGUGGAGGUGUAUGGGCCGGAUGUAGAGACAAUAGUGCAGGAGGAGGAUGCGCAACCACUGGAUAAACCACUAAUAGAGCCCGUAAAGAAGCUGAAGUUUCAAAUGAAGGAACAGGACCAUCCUGACACUACGUACAACAUGGAAUUCAUGGCUGAUCUAAUGGACACACCAACGCUAAUACGAAAUGUAGCGCUCAUUGGCCAUUUGCAUCAUGGCAAGACCACUUUUGUAGACUGCCUAAUGCGGCAAACACAUCCACAAUUUGAGAAUAUGGAGGAACGCUCACUGCGCUAUACAGACACGCUCUUCACAGAGCAAGAGCGUGGCUGCAGCAUUAAGGCUACACCCGUGACGCUUGUGCUGCAGGAUGUUAAACGCAAGAGCUACUUGCUCAAUGUAUUCGAUACUCCUGGGCAUGUGAAUUUCUCUGAUGAAGCAACAGCUGCUAUGCGCAUGUGCGACGGCGUCGUUCUCUUCAUAGACGCCUCUGAAGGCGUCAUGCUAAAUACGGAGCGCCUGCUUAAGCAUGCUGUGCAGGAGCGCUUGGGUAUAACGCUGUGCAUCAACAAGAUUGAUCGCUUGAUCUUGGAGCUAAAGCUGCCGCCUCAAGAUGCGUACUUCAAGCUAAAGCAUAUAGUGGAGGAGGUUAAUAACCUACUAAGCACCUACGCCAGCGCUGAGGAUAAUAUUGUCGUGUCACCGCUGCUGGGCAACGUUUGUUUUGCAAGUUCGCUCUAUGGCUUUUGCUUUACACUAAAGUCAUUCUCGAAGCUCUAUGCUGAAACCUAUGAGGGCGUUAACUAUAAUGACUUUGCUGCACGCCUUUGGGGCGACAUGUAUUUCAACAGUAAAACACGCAAGUUCAGCAAGAAGCCACCGCAUAGCUCGGCCCAGCGCAGCUUUGUCGAGUUCAUACUGGAGCCCAUGUACAAGCUUAUCGCUCAGGUUGUAGGCGAUGUGGACACCACGCUAAGCGAUACCUUGGCCGAGCUUAGUGUCCGCGUUUCCAAAGAUGAAAUGAAGUCAAAUAUUCGACCACUCUUGCGCACAGUUUGCAGUCGCUUCAUGGGCGAUUGCAGUGGCUUUGUGGACAUGUGCGUGGAGCACAUUAUGUCGCCGCAGGCCAAUGCCAAGCGCAAGGUGGAUCAUAUCUACACGGGCCCCAAGGAGGGUGACAUCUAUCGUGACAUGAUCUCGUGCAAUCAGUAUGGCACACUGAUGGUGCACAGCGCCAAGAUGUAUCCCAACGAUGACUGCACCUUCUUCCAGGUGCUGGCGCGUGUUGUUUCCGGCACGCUGCAUGCUGGACAGGAAGUGCGCGUGUUGGGCGAAAACUAUACGCUGCAGGAUGAGGAGGACUCGCGCAUCUUACAAGUGGGCAGACUCUGGGUCUACGAGGCGCGUUAUAAAGUGGAGCUUAAUCGCGUGCCCUGCGGCAAUUGGGUUUUGAUUGAAGGCAUUGAUCAGUGCAUUGUAAAAACGUCCAGCAUAGUGGACAUCAAUGUGCCCGAGGAUCUCUAUAUAUUCCGACCGCUUAAAUUCAAUACACAGAGCAUCAUUAAAAUUGCUGUGGAGCCUGUGAAUCCCUCAGAGUUGCCCAAAAUGUUGGAUGGACUGCGCAAAGUAAACAAAUCGUAUCCGCUGCUGUCCACGCGUGUGGAAGAAUCCGGCGAGCAUGUGAUCCUGGGCACAGGCGAACUCUAUCUGGACUGCGUUAUGCACGAUCUGCGCAAGAUGUACUCGGAAAUUGAUAUCAAAGUGGCCGAUCCCGUGGUGGCAUUCUGCGAGACUGUAGUGGAGACGAGCAGCUUGAAGUGCUUUGCUGAGACGCCAAACAAGAAGAACAAAAUUACGAUGAUAUCAGAGCCGCUGGAGAAAGGACUGGCAGAGGAUAUUGAGAAUGAAACUGUUUGCAUUAAUUGGAACAAGAAGCGCAUUGGCGAGUUCUUUCAAGUCAACUACGAUUGGGAUUUGCUGGCGGCGCGCUCGAUUUGGGCUUUUGGACCCGACACCACAGGCCCUAAUAUUCUGGUGGAUGAUACGCUGCCCUCGGAGGUGGACAAGAAUUUGCUGAACUCCGUUAAGGAUUCCAUAGUGCAGGGCUUCCAGUGGGGCGCGCGUGAGGGUCCGCUCUGCGAGGAGCCCAUACGCAAUGUCAAGUUUAAGAUUCUGGACGCUGUCAUAGCCAACGAGGCACUGCAUCGGGGUGGCGGACAGAUAAUACCUACGGCACGUCGUGUGGCCUAUUCAGCUUUUCUCAUGGCCACACCGCGACUCAUGGAGCCCUAUCUGUUUGUGGAGGUGCAGGCACCUGCCGAUUGUGUCUCAGCUGUGUACACAGUCCUGGCAAGACGCAGAGGUCAUGUCACACAGGAUGCUCCCGUUUCGGGCUCACCCAUUUAUACGAUCAAAGCUUUUAUACCAGCUAUUGAUUCGUUCGGGUUUGAAACAGAUCUGCGCACGCAUACCCAAGGUCAGGCUUUCUGCUUGUCUGUCUUUCAUCAUUGGCAGAUUGUGCCUGGCGAUCCGCUGGACAAGAGCAUUGUUAUACGGCCGCUGGAGCCACAGCAAGCUUCACAUUUAGCGCGCGAGUUUAUGAUUAAGACGCGACGCCGCAAGGGACUGUCGGAGGAUGUGUCGAUUAACAAGUUCUUUGAUGAUCCUAUGCUGCUGGAGCUGGCGCGGCAGGAUGUGCUGCUGAACUAUCCGCUCUAAGAUUACAAACUAACUGGCUAACAAAUAAAUAUUGU